CRGGAAACASCGCUGAGAUGGGCCGACYAAACCAAUGACGGAGAGCCCGACGUAAUGGGCGAGCCGGUCGUGACGGAGCCGCRGGAGGCACUGAAGACGGGAACCUCGAGCGGUCGACGAGAAGCGACGAGACGACGCUCCCCYKAGUAUGAGCGGAGGGAGACCAUGGCGGAUAAGCCCAGAGACGACUGGCGAGAGAGUUCGAGGGAUUCCUAUUGGAGGGACAGAGAUAGAGACAGGGURYYGCCCAGGCGAGUGUUCGACCCCCAGACAGGGGAGUCGCAUCCGGUCCCUUACGAGAGCAAGGAUCGCUAUAUUAUUACGCRCAAGGCCUCUGAGCCACCUMCUUUUAGGGGUUAUGGCAUCACAGAAUAUCUGGAGAAGUGRGAGCUUCAUGCAAGUCGGAGUYAGUGGUCAGAGGAAGAGAUUAUAAAGAACUUCCUAYUUAAUGUGGACCCAAGUCUCGAUAGGGAAGUUAAGGAAGCUCGACCGAAGGAUGGGAAAUGGACUACGUACAAGAAGAACCUCGUUGAGCUUUACAAAUUGGAGGAUAACAAGUACUCCAUCAAGGACCUGGAGAUGAUGACUCAAGAUGAAGAUAAGAGGGUACGGGCAUUUGGGAUGCGUUUCCUGAAGAUCUCCAACGUGCUGAUGAAGAAGGGGAAGAUCUCAAAGGUCGAGCGUUGUACUGUCUUCAUCGGACACCUAUCCAAAGAUAAACAAAAGAGUAUACUUAGAGAUCUUUCGCGCGACAAGCUUGACUUCCCAGAAGUCCUGAAGCUCGCGAUAAAGGCAGAGGCAUAUGACUACAAGGACUUGGUGUGGAGAGGGAUGAGGAGGCGUGACUUCUCCYUCUACAAGGAGUAUGCCACCGAUAGAUGUCCAGAUUUCAAGGAUCAUUCCUGGUCAGAGAAGAAUGAAGYCGURGCCGAAGAAGUGAAGGAGAUAAGGGACAUGGUAAAGGGGUUGACCAGACAGACCGGGACYGUAGGACUCGCGAGAUGUAUSGGCRUGCUAGGAGACWGGAUGACUACUCGCGUAGCCCUCGCUAUGAGCCUGACGGGGGUAGAAGCGACUCUUGAGGCCGAUGGGAGUCGGAUCAGGGCCGGCGAGAUGGAUACAGGGAUGGUAGAUAUGAGAUAUCGGACCGCGAUGGACGUAGAAACGACAGAUAUGAAAGGUCGGAUCGAGAUGGAUACAGGGAUGGUACAUAUGAGAGAUCGGACCGUGAUGGGCAUAGAAACGACAGAUAUGAGAGGUCGGAUCGAGACGGAUACAGGGGCGGCAAAUAUGAGAGAGGAGAUCGGACCGAUGAUUCACGCGGGCGGUACGACCGAGAAGACCGACGUGAUGAUUCACGCGGGAGGUACGACCGAGGAGACCGACGCGAUGAUUCACGUGGGUGAUACGAAUACGGAGACCGCCACAAUGAUUCGCGCGGCAGGAAUGAGAGAGGGGGAUAUGGCGCUUCGGCUGACCCGUAUCCGAAGUCCCCUGACCCGAGAGCAGCGAGAGGUUAGACCUCCAGAGGCGCAGACGACAGGCCACCCACACCCAGGAACUCUUGCGUUUACUGCAGAGGGGGAUGAUUAUAUCAAGAGAGAUUGCCUGGAUCUCAAACGAGCAAUAGAUGAAGGCCUUGUCGUGCUUGAUGAGCGCAAGUACGUCAAAUGGGCAGAUGAUCUGGGAGAUGUAUCGAUGUUGCCCUCGAUGAAGGAGAAUGUCGAAGCAAGGAAAGUAAAGCCGAGUAAAGGAAAGGAGUCGCUUAGGAGCCAAAGCAUCAAGAUAACUUUCGAAGGAGAUAUGGCGACCACACUCAUAAGGGUGGUAACUACCAAGUCCGCGAGAGGGUCUGCAUCGAAGAAGACCGACACGGAUUACGUGAUGGCGGAGAAGGAUGGCGGACAGCGGAUCGAUGGAGAGGAGGUUAUUCUUUCGCCGCGAAAGCGGGGAGUAAAGAAGUUAUUGAUGAAGAGUUCGCUGGAUGAGAUUGACACGGUCGAGCCACUGAGACGGGCCCUUCCGCAGCCCAUGCAAUGCUCUAUUCUGGAGUAUCUGGCGGCAUCGAAGCCGGCUCUCGAUGAGUUACAGAUGAUUAUGCGGAAGACUCGCGUACCUCUAUCAGAGGAGGCUCAGGGGGCUCCUAAGGCGGAAGCUCCUACCGUAGCAGUAACGGGGGUGACAACCAGAGCGGAUCGCUUGGCGAUAGUCCUUCUUGAUGGGAUGGAAGGUGUGCCUCCAGACAAGUUUUACAUACUUGGUAGUGGGGCCGUGGAGAGGAUCAUAAACGAUGGAGCGGUACUAGAUGUUGUGAUCGAUAACGACAGUGAGGCUGUCAUUAUAGACGAGGAUCUGGCAGUACAGGUUGGAUUGGACCUCGAUAGGUCAUACCUAUUCGAAAUAGAGACUGUUGAUGGGAGAAAGCAACAGAUCACUGGGGUUUGUCACAAGGCAGUCAUAGAGGUCCAAGGGGUACGAGUGACCCUGCCUGUCUUUGCAGUCAAGAACUGUAGCUCCGAUCUGCUCUUGGGACGAACGUGGUUGAGCCACGUGCAUGCGGUGACGAUAGAGCGACCGGAUGGGAGCCAGACAUUGUCCAUUAAGAAGCUAGAUGGGACGCGGGUUAUGAUUGAGACGGUGGAGCCUCGGGACCUGAGGAACAGAGCAGCUCUCGCAAUGGGAGCAAGACCCAGUGAUCACAUUAAGUCAUUACCUAUCUCCGGCCGCGCGGUGCGAUUUCGUGAGAAAAAGUACGGGUCACUGCUCACAGAGGAACAGGGUCGGAUCGUGGAGGUGGAAGAUUUAGGAAGCCGACUGAUAGUGGACGGCAACUCGUACCCAAAGGAGACAGAUGAGAAAUUUGGCGGGGUGGUAUCUGUGUUUUUUUUAAGGGCACGGCACCCUAUGGGGGGCUACCCAAGCGACACAAGCGAGUAGCACAAAAAGUUAARCCAGCGRCUGUGGGYCGCGAGCGAUCUGCACUGGAAUGGAUAUCGGAAGAAGAGAUCGCAAAGGAAAUC